GGCGCUGAGGGGGCCGCUCGUCCGUGUCCGCGGCGCCGCCGCCGCCAUGGUGCUGUGCGACGUGUGCGGCCGGGCCCUGCCCUCCGAGGCGGCGGCCGGGCGGCACCCGCGGCGCCCGUCCCUGUGCCGCCGCCAGCCCCGCUGCCCGCUCUGCGCCGCCGCCGUGGGCUGCGACGAGCUCCGGCGGCACAUGGAGACGGCCCACCCGGAGCAGGGCCCGCCCGGCCGCCGCAGCCCCGGGGCGCCGGCCGAGUGCCCGUUCUGCGGGGAGGCGGCGGGGCGGGAGCUGGAGGAGCACGUCAGGGCGCGGCACGGGCACCUGCUGGGCGCCCCGGGCACGGACACAGGGAAUGGCGAACAGCUGUAUGAGUGUCCUAUGUGUAGUCUCACAUGUACAAACAUUCAGAUUCUUGAAGAACACGUGGAUUUACACUUAGAGGAACAUAACUUUUCAGAAGGUGGAAACAUUAGAGAUCUAGAGCUGGCUCAGCAGCUCCAGACUGAAGAAGAUGAACGGCAGAGAUCAGAAGAAGAGAAGCGAGAGAGGGAAGAAUUUCAAAAGCUACAGAGACAGUAUGGCUUGGAUAAUUCUGGUGGCUUCAAGCAGCAAUUUCUAAACAAUAUGGAAAGAGAAGUUGAUAGAGGAAGGAUGCAGCCCUUUGAAUAUCAUAAGAGAAAAGCUGACAUGAUGGAAAGUUUGGCUUCUGGUGUAGAUGAUGGGAGAACUAAGACAUCAGGAGUCAUUGAAGCAUUGUGCAAGCACUAUCAGAGUGAGAACAAAGAUGUGAGGCGUGUAUGGCUUUCAGCAGGAGUAGAUCACUUCCACUCAUCUUUGGGUGACAGAGGCUGGGGUUGUGGUUACAGGAAUUUCCAAAUGCUCCUUUCCUCACUGUUGCAAAACAGCUUCUACAACGACUGCCUGAGAGAUACUACACUAAUUCCUAGUAUUCCAAAGAUUCAGUCCAUGAUUGAAGAUGCCUGGAGAGAAGGUUUUGAUCCUCAUGGGGCAUCUCACUUCAACAACAGAUUACAUGAUUCCAAAGCAUGGAUAGGAGCAUGUGAAAUUUAUUCACUGUUAACCAGUCUCAGGAUAAAGUGCCAAAUCAUUGACUUUCACAAACCCACUGGCCCUAUGGGUACACACCCUCGCUUGUUUGAGUGGAUUUUGCAUUACUAUUCUACAGAUAAUGAAGGUGGUGCAAAGGUGGUAUGUACUUCCAAACCACCUAUCUACUUGCAACAUCAAGGCCACAGUCGUACUGUUGUUGGAAUAGAAGAGAAGAACAAAAGCUUAUGUUUGCUACUGUUUGACCCAGGGUGUUCUUCCCAACAAAUGCAGAAACUCCUGAAACAAAACAGUGAUGGAAGUGGUCUCAGACUACUUCGGAAAUUUGUGGGUAGCCUAAAAGAAAAGCAGUAUCAGAUAGUGGCGGUAGAUGGGGUGCUCUCUUUGGAAGAGAAAGCUGCUCGCUGCCGUGCUUCUCAGGUCUUAACAUCAGAGAAGAUUCCUUAAAGGAUACCUUUGUAACAUGCUUCUGGAAUUUUCUGGGUGCAAAGCAUUAAACUUCUGGACUGUGACCCUAACCCAACAAAUUUUAGACUUAAACUGUGUCUCCAUAAAUGCUUGGGAGCUCUGGGAAUGCACAACACUGGAGAAAACCUGUAGUUUUUGUGUUCAGUCAAAAAUCUGGCAUCCUGAUACAAACGUAACUCUAAAGUAUUGUGGUCCUUAUCUCACUAGAAAAUGUGUAAUUUUCUUAGUUGCUUAGAAUUAGCAACGCCUACUGUCUUGUAGCAAAUUAUGCACCGUUGGUAAUGAGCAGUGGAGAAAGAUACUGUGGAGCUACUUCAUUGGAAUUCCUGGUCAUGGUUUGCCUCUAAAUGUGUUUAUGUUGCCACUGUGACCAGUCUUCCGUUUCUUCAGGGUUCAGUCUGUUGCACCAGGGAUUAAUUUACUAGUAAACUUCUCUUCAAUUUGCUGGCUUCUCUAGAUGUAUCAUUUGAAUUCAUGUGCUUAGGAAGUGGAUCAGUGUUGGCAUUGGCUAAGAGGUCUAACAAAGCAGCGUCCAAAAUAUAGUGUGUGUGCUUUAGGUGCUGUGCAAGACAAUUCUUGGGAGUAGAGGAAGAAAAUAUUCUUUUUGUACCAUGAAUUAAUAAAAUUAUUAUAUUUUUUAAAAG